UAAAUUAGAGAAGUAUUAAUUAACUGAUUUGGAGUGAACAAUUUGAAAAAGCAGGAGUAGGUAACAUCGUUGGCAUACUCAAAAUGAGUUCAAAAGAAAGUUGCAGAAGCGAACUUCGCAUCGCAAUUCGUCAACUCACAGAUCGUUGUCUCUAUUCUUCUUCCAAAUGGGCAGCAGAGCAAUUGGUAGGAAUAGAGCAAGAUCCAUCGAAGUUCACUCCAUCAAAUACGAGGUUUCAGAGAGGUAGUUCAAGUAUUCGACGAAAGUACCGAACACAUGAGAUUACACCGACGACAACACCGAUUGCCGGUGUUUCGUAUGUGGCUACUCCGGUUAUGGAAGAGGAUGAAUUUGUUGAUGGUGAUUUUUAUCUUUUGGCUAAGAGUUACUUUGAUUGUCGGGAGUAUAGAAGAGCUGCUCAUGUUCUUCGUGAUCAAAUUGGGAGGAAAUCGGUUUUCUUAAGAUCUUAUGCUCUUUAUUUGGCCGGAGAAAAGCGAAAAGAGGAAGAGUUGAUAGAACUUGACGGACCUCUGGGUAAAAGUGAUGCUGUGAAUCAGGAAUUCGUUUCAUUAGAGAGGGAGUUGUCUACACUUCGCAAGAAUGACAAAGUUGAUCCUUUUCUUUUGUACUUAUAUGGUCUCAUACUGAAACAGAAAGGCAAUGAUACUUUGGCACGCACAGUUCUUGUGGAAUCUGUAAAUAGCUACCCUUGGAACUGGAAUGCAUGGACUGAGCUACAAUCCUUAUGCACUACAGUUGAUAGCUUGAAUAGUCUUAAUCUCAAUAGUCAUUGGAUGAAGGAAUUUUUUCUUGCUAGUGCCUACCAAGAAUUAAGGAUGCAUAACGAGUCUCUGUCAAAAUAUGAAUAUCUACUCGGAACUUUUGGUUUUAGUAAUUAUAUUCAAGCUCAAAUUGCUAAAGUCCAGUACAGUUUGAGAGAAUUUGAGCAAGCUGAAGCUAUAUUUGAAGAUCUGUUGAGGACUGAUCCCUACAGAGUGGAAGACUUGGAUGUGUACUCCAAUGUGCUCUAUGCUAAGGAAUGCUUUUCUGCUUUGAGUCACCUUGCGCAUAGAGUAUUUACGACGGAUAAAUACAGACCUGAAUCUUGUUGUAUUAUUGGGAAUUAUUACAGUUUAAAAGGACAACAUGAAAAAUCAGUUGUAUAUUUUAGGAGAGCUCUUAAACUGAACAAAAAUUAUCUCUCUGCUUGGACACUCAUGGGUCAUGAGUUUAUAGAGAUGAAAAAUACUCCUGCCGCUGUGGAUGCCUAUCGUCGGGCUGUUGAUAUAGACCCGUGUGAUUAUCGUGCUUGGUAUGGACUGGGACAAGCAUAUGAGAUUAUGAGUAUGCCUUUCUAUUCGCUUCAUUACUUCAAAAAAUCUGUUUUCUUGCAGCCAAAUGAUUCUCGGUUGUGGAUAGCUAUGGCUCGAUGCUAUGAGACUGACCAGCUUCGCAUGCUCGAUAAGGCAAUAAAAUGUUACAGAAGGGCAGCAAAUUAUAAUAACAGUGAAGCAAUUGCUCUGCACCAACUAGCGAAGCUGCAUUCAGAGCUCGGACGCCCCGAAGAGGCAGCGUUUUACUACAAAAAAGAGUUAGAGAGUAUGGAAUCUGAAGAGAGGGACGGGCCUCACAUGGUUGAGGGUUUGCUCUAUCUUGCAAACUAUUACAAAUCGAUAAAAAGAUUUGAAGAAGCAGAGGUUUAUUGUACACGCCUUCUUGAUUAUACUGGCCCAGAGAGGGAGACAGCAAAAAGUUUACUAAGAGGGAUGCGGUCGACACAAUCUAGUUUCCCAGAUGCUGAGCACUUUCCUUCCUAAUUUCUCUAAUGAAGCAUUGGUGCAUAUUACAUUUUGGUUUCAAUUCAUUCUCAUACCUUUUGCCGCGUCAGAAAUAAUGGCAAACAUGAAAAUGAUAAGAAUGAUUCUCAUACUUUAAUGCGUGCUGCUCUAGUAGACAAGCAUCAUAGCACAUUUAAGUCCAAAGUAGUAAUCUGGUUUCCAAGAACAUGAGUCUGAAGUUAGGAAAACCUUUCUUCUCUUCUAUAAUGACUAAACAGUUUAGGCCAUGUUUGAUUUUGUAACAAUGUAAAAGGGAUAAGAUAGGAUAAAACCAAGUGUUCCAUGUUUUUGAUUUAAAAUAGUUGUAGAAUAGGACAAAACAGCAGAAACUAUUCCAACCCCUUGUAUUUGAUUCUACUUCUAAUUUUUUCUUCUUCUGCUUUUUCUGUU